CUUUGACGGGUCUCAAUAAUGGGAUCAUCAAAAAGUCUCCGUGUGGUCUACACGAAAAGUCGGCUCCCAUGUAUCAAAGAUUAGAUCGGUUCUCCGUAGCAGCAACUCGCACGCCUGAUGACGAAACCUCGGAGAUUUCUGGAGACCCUCGUCAGGCCCUGGUUGCAUCAUGAAGACAGAGUGGUGAAAGAGGAGGAGGACUUGGAGGCGAUCGCCGCGGAGAAGAAGGUGUUCAAGUACGGGACGCUGGCGGCUGCCACCCAUAAUUUCCACCCUAAGAAGAAGCUCGGGGAGGGCGGAUUCGGGCCAGUUUUUAAGGGACGGCUGGAGGACGGGCGAAAGGUGGCGGUGAAGAGGCUGGGGAGGGGGUCGAUGCAGGGGGUGAAGGAGUUCACGAACGAGGCGAAGCUGCUCUCGCGGGUGAACCAUAAGAACGUCGUCAACCUCUACGGCUACUGCGCCCACGCCGAUGUCAAACUCCUCGUCUACGAGUACGUCCCCAACGAGAGCCUCGACAAGCUCCUCUUCUCCCCCCGAGGAAGAGGAGACAAUCCGGAGGUUGGCCUGAAGCGGGCGGAGCCGCUGGACUGGAAGCGGCGGUUCGAGGUGAUGCGGGGGGUGGCGCGGGGGCUGCUGUACCUGCACGAGGGCGCGCACACGCCCAUCGUCCACCGGGAUAUCAAGCCCGGCAACAUCCUGCUCGACGAGCGGUGGGCCCCCAAGAUCGCAGACUUCGGCCUAUCCCGCCUCUUCCCGAAGGACCUCACCCACGUCAACACCCGCGUCACCGGCACCAACGGCUACAUGGCUCCCGAGUACAUCAUGCAUGGCUCCCUCUCCACCAAGGCCGACGUCUUCAGCUUCGGUGUCCUCGUCCUCGAGCUCAUCUCCGGCCAGAAGAAUUCCUCCUUCAUCCCCAAACCCGAAGCUGAGAGCCUCCUCGAAUGGGCUUGGAAGCUCUACAAGAAAGGACAGAGCCUGGAGAUGAUGGAUCCUGCACUGAGAUCCACUGCAGUUCCAGAACAAGUAGCAAUGUGUGUGCACAUAGGGCUCCUUUGCACUCAGGCUGAUCGCAAGCUGAGGCCUGACAUGAAGCGGGUGGUGGUGAUUCUGUCCAAAAGGCGAAGCACAUUAGAAGAGCCCAUCCGGCCUGGCAUCCUUGGGUCCAGGUACCAGAGAAGAGCUUAUGGAUCCCGAGGUUCCAACCUCGCCUUGGGUGAAUCCUCAACGGGCACGACCAAUGCCUCCAACUUUGCUUCUACCUUUGUCUCCACCUCCAUAGCAAACAGCAGGACUACAACCUCGACUACUACCACCAAUGCAAGAACCCAGACACCAUCUUUCUAUCAAGAACAACACUCGACACAACACAAGCAUUAUGCUUAUUUCUUAUUCUUUCUUGUAUUAUAUUAGUAGGUGGUAGUUUUAUUUAGUUAUCUAGUUUUGCAUGUAAAUUUUUUUUAUCGAGAUUGCUUGGUUUGAGUCUAGAUGAAGAUGCAGGAAGUGAAUACUCUUUUGCUCAAGAAAAAUAUUGAUGCUAAAACUUCUUGUUAUUUUAUCUGUUUUCAUCAAGGAA